UUUGACCCUGAAUCUAUUCCACAAGAACCCAGCAAAAGCUGAGCCCCCCCAUCAGCUGAAGUUUCUGCACACUACCUUGUCUCGCAAAGGUCUGGAGGAGUUUUUUGAUGAUCCAAGAAACUGGGGAGAAAAAACUGUAAAGUCUGGGGAUGCAUGGAAUAUAAAGCAGCUAAGGGGCAAGAGUAGUGAAGACUUGCACAAACUUUGGUAUGUCCUACUGAAGGAAAAAAACAUGCUUCUAACUUUAGAGCAAGAAUCAAAGCGACAACUCAGGCCUAUGCCAAGUCCAGAACGAUUAGAAAAGGUACAAAAGUCUAUGAAAAAUAUAGACUUGGUUGUCAGAGAAAGAGAAAUUGCUUUGAGGCUUUUACAAACCGGCCAAGAAAAACCAGUACCUGGCGAGUGGAGACAUGACUUCUUAGGACGCACCUAUUGGUACACUUACAAGGAAUGGCCAAUACCAUGGUACUUGAACAAAAAACACCUAAAGAGGAAAUUCUAUUACUUACCUCAUGUGAAUCACUUCAUCAGACUCAGACUUGAAAAAUAUUUACGUACAAGGGCAAGAAGGCAAAACCUAGAGAGGACAAGGCGGAAGGUCUUGGAAAGGAAGUUCCCACACCUUGCUACAAAAUCUCAAAGCCAGUAAUGUGCUGCAAGAGAACUGCAAGGAUUUGGUCAAGUAUCUUUGUGACCAGAACAUGAAACAAGUUCUGAAACCAGUGAACAACUUGACUGAGCAUUCCUGAGAGUCUCCAUCAUCUUUUUUUUUUUUUUUUUAAUCCACAUGUGACCUAAAUUAAAUUUGUGAUCUGGAAUUAAAAAGUAGCUUUGGUGAAUAA